AUGGCAACCAAAUCUGAUGCGCCGGCUCCGCAGCCGAAAGAGAUGAAGGUGCUCUCACUGGGCAUGACAAGGACGGGUUCUGCAUCCAUCACGCAAGCCCUCACGAUACUGGGCUACGACGGUGUUCACCACGGCAUCCAGGCUAUCUCCUCCCCCCGCGAGUGGACUCUCUUCUCCGCCGCCGCAGACUCGACCUUCCCCACCCUGCCAACUUACACCGGCGCGCCCUUUCCCCGCGAAAGUUGGGAUUCGCUCUUCGGUAAAUACGAAGCCGUCACCGAUAUGGGCUCCUUCUUUGCCGUGCAGCUCAUCCAGGCGUACCCAGAAGCGAAGGUCAUCCUUGUCGAGCGGGACGUGGACAGCUGGUUCCAGAGCAUGGAUGAGGCCAUCUUCAAGACGACAUGGGGGUGGCGCGCGGAUCUCAUCAUUGACUACCUUGGCCCCCGCUGGGGAUUGGCGGGUGGACAAACCCUGAGGAAGAUCCUUCUGGGAUUCUACGGGGUACGCAACGUCAACGAGAUGAGAGCCAUCGCCAAGGAGAGGUACAAGAGGCACUAUGCUGAGGUGCGUGCUGCGGUGCCGAAAGAGAGGUUAUUGGAGUUCAACCUUAAGGAGGGCUGGGAGCCGCUGUGCAAUUUCCUUGGCAAAGAGGUCCCAGAGGGAGUCGCGUUUCCCGUGGCGAACAAGAGACAGGAGCACCUUGAUCGUGUGAGGACGAGGCAGAACCGCUUCUUCAAGCUGGCGAUCUUCGUGGGUCUGCGAAAGACGUUGCCUUGGGUGUUGGGAGUUGGUGCUGUGGCGGCUGGUGUCUAUUUGACCAAGCCAAAGUGGGCGUUGGAUGUGUUCGAGAACGCCCUUAAGACUAUCCAGACUCAUCUGAGAUCUCUGAACUUGUAA